CUCUCGUGUUGGUGGUCACUUUAUACAGUCAAUCAUUCGAUCAAACGGCAGCCGGUCACUCGAUGCAAAUCUCGAUUCCUACAGUAUUUGAGACCACCGUCGUGGUAAUCCUCAUCUUCGACCAUUGAUCUCUCUUUUCACGGCAAGAGCUACAGCAUUUUUGCAAACAUGGUUAAGUCUCGGGCUCGAGGGUUCCUGCACCCAGCUCGAAAAGCCUGGAAACAGGUCUUUUCAACGAGGCACGAAGACAUGUGCAACACACCUCAACCUCCCCAUCCCGACGGCCACAUACUCGCGAUCUUCAACAAGUCCAACUUCAGCCGAUUAGACAUCAUCAGGGGACUUGAGAAACCCAUCGAUACUUGGCUCGACCCCAAAUAUGCAAUCGACGACACAUUCUAUGACCGGAUUCGGCCCGCACUAGUGCUAGCGACGCGGUUCUUUACCUGGACGUCUGAAUUCUUCAACAUCCUCGUGUUCGGCGGUUUUAUAUUCGAGGGCUCGAAGAUGAGAUAUGACCGAUUUACGGAAUUGGAGCUGGGAUCUCGAGGGUUUCCUACUCUGAUGGACAGCCUCUGCAAUAACCAGUUCUUCACCGGCUACCAUCAGAAUAGCCGUGUGGAUACAUAUGCGUCAACCUACUUCGGGCUAUAUCCCAAGGACUGCCCAUCGCAAAUAGCAACCACUGCUGUGCAGCUCAACACGAAAUUCACGACAUUCUUCACCCACUACCACUAUGACAAAUACUCAGAUGAUGUCAAGAACAUGGUGAUAGUCAGUCUAGCCAUCACUCUGGUGCACGAGCUGGUCCAUGUGUGGUACACUCUGCGGAGAAUGGAACUUGCCCGACUCGGCGAUCUCGCUCUGUGCAUAGCCAUGGAGAAGGAGCCGUAUUUCUUCGGAAAUGAGAGAACGCCAGAAUUAGGCUUAUCUUGGGAACAUUUUGCCUUCAGAGGCAUGCCCCAGUUAGACCAUUCAGGUGGCGGGCCUUAUGCAGAAGCGAAGGGUCUGCGCUUGAUUCCCUUGCUCAAGGACAGUGACCAAAAGGACGAAGCUGUGGUGGACUCGGAGGUUUUGCGCGCUCUUCUGGACGAAGAAUGCUGGGAAGUGUACGAAAGACUGCUCAUCGGAGAUCUCGCUGCCACCUACAGGACUGUCCGUGGCAUGGGGAUCUUGGAGAGAAUGAAGACGGUUGUCGAACUACAGGCAUUCAAAAACAAGACCGGCCGCCUUCCUUCUUUGCAAGAAUUGCUCAGAUCCAGGGACGUGGCAUUGCCUUCAGAAGCAGGCGGACAACAAUUUGCGAAGGUGCAUCUUCUAGACUUGUCGUCUCCUAAAUCAACACUAUCGACGGAAGUCAAAGCGACCGGAAUAGCCAUCGUGGUAGGAGAAGGGAGCUUUUGCUCAUCUCCAGUGUCCUAUACCUCCUCCGAUGAACAGCGCAUGGAUUUUGCCGACCAGUGGGCGUCCGUCUACGAAGCGGCCAUAUCAAAUCCCUUGUACCUGGCUGAUAGGGCCCUCAAGCAGAAGAGGAUCCAAAAGGCACAACUGGGGUGGAAGGACAGCGGGAGAAGCAAAAAGUGGUCCCGACGGGUGGAUGAAACGACACCAAGCCCCUGUAUAUGUUGAGACACACCUCCAGAGAUGGGGAAUCGCCGACAGCCACAGCAACAUUCCGAGAAUGGGUGCGAACAAACACAAAUCUGAUACCACAGAUCCGAUACGGGAAGAGCCCUUUGAAGCAACCAACCGAUUUUAAUUGCAGAACCUGAGCAGCCGACCGACCGACCGACCGACCGCACGACAAGCGAACAACUGCAAGGGAUACCGAGACCAUCCAUCCAUUUAUACAACAGAACACCUGACAAUGGGACCGACC